CCCGGGGCGGGCGGGGGGGGGGGCUGUCCCGGCCCGAGGGUGGCUCAGCACCCAUCCCGGCGGGCUGCGCUGCACGGGGAGGCUCAGCACCCAUCCCCGAGUGGGGCUGCCUUGCGCUCCACCCCGCUGUAGCCAUCCCGGGGAGCUGCCCCGCACCGGGUGGGUGGCCAGCGCCUCUCCCGGGGGAGCGGGCUGCCUUGCACCCAUCCCCGGGGGGGGGCUGUACCGCGCCGUGGGCGGCCCAGCACCUAUCCCUGGGUGCGUGGGGGCUGCACCGCACCCAGCGCCGUUAUCCCCAUCGUGGGGCGGCCCGGGGCUGCCAGCCUUCUCCCAUCGCCGGUGACCGGUCCUGGCUCCCGCCUCCGUUUUAUGGUCGUGGAGAGGGAGGAAAAAUCCCAAACCAGCUGCGUAAAUGAGUAUGGAAGAUUAUGAUUUCCUCUUCAAAAUUGUUUUAAUCGGCAACGCCGGUGUGGGGAAGACCUGCUUAGUCCGUCGCUUCACUCAGGGGCUUUUCCCACCGGGUCAAGGAGCCACGAUUGGGGUUGACUUUAUGAUUAAAACUGUGGAGAUAAACGGUGAAAAAGUAAAGCUGCAGAUCUGGGACACGGCAGGACAAGAGCGAUUCCGAUCCAUCACGCAAAGUUACUAUCGCAGCGCUAAUGCGUUAAUCCUGACCUACGACAUCACCUGUGAAGAAUCCUUCCGGUGUCUCCCCGAGUGGCUGCGAGAAAUCGAGCAGUACGCCAGCAAUAAGGUCAUAACCGUGCUAGUGGGUAAUAAGAUUGAUUUAGCCGAUAAGAGGGAAGUCUCCCAGCAAAGAGCUGCAGAGUUUUCCGAAGCACAGGACAUGUACUAUCUGGAAACCUCAGCAAAAGAAUCGGAUAAUGUGGAAAAACUCUUCCUGGACUUGGCCUGCCGGUUGAUCAGCGAGGCACGACAGAACACCCUUGUGAACAAUGUCUCAUCCCCCUUACCAGGAGAGGGGAAAAGUAUCAGCUACUUGACUUGCUGUAAUUUUAAUUAAAGAGCUGGCAUGUGACUUCCCUUUCUGCCAUGGGCCAAGAGGAUUUUUUUUUUUUUCUGCUGGGAUUUAUCUACUUGAAGGGAAUUCCUGCCACUUUGACCCAUCUGACUUCCCCCAAGUCAGGUUGCAGACCUGGAAGCAUGGCAGGCUGAUGGCCCCAGCUACAUGGUGACAUAGCAGAAUAUAACAUGGUUUAAAUUUAAUUUUUCUUGCAGUCUCUGGAGAGGGUUAGGAAAAGAAGAGUUGCACAAGUGCUUCAUGUAAUGCAGAACAUGAGCUAUUGCAUUUCCUUCUAUGGGAGACUAGAGCAGCCUCUCUCUCAGAAGAUAUUGAAGAGAUCAAAAUCUCUCUUAUAGAACAAUGUGUUUGGUCCUUUUUAAAAUAAAAAAAUUAAGAAAUAACCAACAAUGAACACUGACCCUGGACUAUGCUGGCAAUCUUCCAGGCUGCCAGCGAGCGAGCUGUUAGUACAUGUACAUAGCGUCUGCCCGUGCAUCUUCAUGGAGGACUCUGGUGUUUGAAAUAGUGUUAUGUCUCUCAUCUACAGGCACUUUCAUGAACAUGGAAUUAAAAAAAAAAAGUUACAUAUAUCAGCAUUUUCAAGAUUUAAGAAGACAUGGAUACAGCUCAGUUGCUCCCUUUGGUGCUAGCAGUUCAGCAAAUAUUCCAUAGACCAAACGUAGUCUUACUACAUUACUGUCCUCUGAAUGUGUAACUUAGACUGGUUAGGAAAAAAAACUAAUAAGCACUGUUCAUAAAAAUAAAAAAUCUCGUUACCUCUUUUUCUAGGCCUGAACGUAGUGGGAAAGGACUGUGCUUUGAUAUCCAACAUAGGAUGAAAAAACUUUCCAGAAAUAAAAUAAAAAAAAAAAAAAAUUAACUGUUCCUCCUCUAAUUAGUAAUGUCCUAACGUGAAAAAUUACCCUCGAGAAAGGUUAUUGGUGGACUUGGAAAAAGCGUACCAGACGUGACCAAAAUCUUGUGUGUGCAUGGAUUGCGUAUAAGGGUUCAAAAAGAGCACAGUUUGAAGUGGCGGUCUGCAAUAUGUCCGGCUUAAAAAUAAAGCUUGUAGAUACAGUUCUUGUUGGAAGGCAGGUGUACAGUUUUGUAGAGUGGUUUUUUUUUUUAAUGCCAAGUGGAAACAGUGACGGGUUGCAAGCGGUAUCAUUCUGUGUCUGACCCAUCCAGCGCUCACCUUGUGGAACUGCUCUCCAAGAUGCUCUUGAAGGCAUCUUCUUGGCAUCCAGUCUCUCUGCUAGAGUAGCUUUUGGAUUCAGGGCUGUAGAGUAAUUUAAUUUACUUGAUUCUUUGUACUCUUAAUCCUGGACUCCAGUGUAUGUGUAACUUUAGGAAAUUUCUUUCUACAAAACCCCUGAAGUGGAAGCACUAUGGAGUUUGCGAUGUUAUUAGACCUCUAGUGCCAUAUGCGAAUAAUGCAUUGCAAAUUUACAUGUUGACGUUAAAGUGAAAUUGGAAGAUAGUGAAUGUGCACAUGAAAAAUGCUAUUUAGAAGUUUGAGUUCAGUUGAGCUAAUCUGAAUAAAUGUCUCCUGGCAAUCACAUGGCUGUGAUAUGCUGUACUUUAGAGCUAAUCAAUUUAAUAUUAUUUGGCUUUUACUGAAGAUUAUAACGGAGCUUUUGUCUUGACAUAAAAAGCUGCCAGUAAGUACUUCUUGAAAAGAAUAAAAAUGGAAAAAAAAAAAAAAAAGGCAUUUUAAAAUGUUUUUUCACAUUUUCCUGGAAAGACUUCUUUGAGCUGUAUCAUGUUGUGCCUUUGAUCUGUAAUGGGGAGCGGACUCUAUGUGUCAGAGAGGGAGGAUCGGUGUGUCAUAUGGCCAUUUUUAAUAUUUUCUUGCUAUUUUUUUUAGGUCACUUUCUUCUUUUAUGACUAGUGGUAAAAAGGAAGAUGGAGAAGUUGUGGUAUGAGGCUUGUUUGUCAUUUAGUUAACGCUUAGCAAAGAGCUUCUGUAAGUGUGAGAUAUUGGGGGAUGUGUCAUCUGCUGCGCUGGCCUGGGCCUUUUCAGGCUCUGCUCGUGGUGUAAUCUGGAGGAUUUAGAAUGUGUGGGACUUGGUGGCUUCUGCUGUGCUGGCCCAUGUGGUACAGCCUGUGCUGAAGAGCGAUGUUUUUCUUGAGCAUUCCCCAAAUUGCCAAAUGCAGCCUCAUAUGAGCUCGCAAAGGCCACCCAACUGUGAGACAGCUGAUUCUGCACCGCUUUUUGGUAGUUGUUUAGAGCAAGGCUCAGGGUGUUACAUGUAAGGUAACACUUAAGUUAAAAAUCAAUACUAUAUAUAUAUUUAAUUUGUAAAAGCUCUUACUCUGCAGAUGCUGGACUUGUCAGCAUAUAACUGAUAACAAAUAGGGCAGGGCUGUUUGGUCGAGUUAAUCAAGGAGGAAGGAGUCUGCCCACUAAAACACCUGUGGGUUUCUCAGCCUGAUUUCCAAAAGCAUCAAAGCUGGGCAGGUACUUUUAAUUCCUGCUGAAUACCACUAUGAAUGCACUUUAAAGUGCUCCUUGCAUCACUUCUGGAGGUUGAACUCUAACACAUUUAUCAUGAUGCAACAGGCUGGACUGGUCAAAUAGCAGAAACUGCUAACUUCAUUUUCUUGGAUAUUCGCUUUGACGUUUCUAGAAGGCUAAGUCUCUUUUUCCAGUGGUUUCCUAACCUGUAGGUGACUAUUUUGAAGACUAGCUGCCUACUAGCAACCUCAAAGCAUUGGUUCUUUUUAUUGCUAGCAAAUCUCCUCCAUUUAAGGACACCAUCUCCAGAGAGUGACGUGCUUUUGCGGCGGGGUGGUGUGCUGCAGUUGGGAUGAUGUUACAGUGAAGUAUCUGACUUCUCCAGGGACAAAUCUGAACUGAUUCCUUUCAAGGUUUAUUCUGUGUAGACUUAAAAAGUUGAAAGGAAACAACAAUGGUAUGUGCAACGUUUUAUAAGGUCAAUAAGCCAAAGCUGUAGUUUGAAACUUGCCUCUUUUUCUGCAGUUAACAAACACACUACCUGUUGAAGCAGUGAUAUUUUAUUGUAGUAACUCCUUUGCAGGAGUUAUUUUUGUACACCUUUGAGUAUCUCUCUAGUGCAUGCAACCCACUUCUCCCUGUAGCACUGAGGGUUUAUCUUCUCUUCUACAGUCUGGUCCACUCUUGAAGGCUUCCCAGCUAGAAGAGGAGCUUUAUUGACUGCUAAUGACAACUUAGUGCUGUGGCAUAGUGAUCAAAGUCUUGAAAAAUAAAAGGAGAUAAAAAUGCAAAUCCCAAUUAUCUGACAAUCAGCACUCCAACUAUGGCCAACACCUUGCUAGAUGAGUGGAUUUUUGAGAGAACUGUCAGUAAAAGCUUUGUGAUGCUUGCUGGGUUGAGUGUCCAAAAGCCAUGCAGAAUUGAUGUGAUGGGGCCAAAUUUGACUGGAAAUGUUCUCUACGAUCAAGAGAGCAAAGCAUUGCUUUUAGCAUGGUUGCUAGGUUUUGAUGUGUUUUCAGGGUGAUAUAUUCACAGCCAUGGAGUAAUCUUAUUUCUGGGUGAAUAUUAAUUUUUAUAGUAGUCCCAUAAUGAGACCUUUUCUUGAAAUUUUUUUAGCACAAUGACUAGGUCCAAGCAGAAGCCAAUAUAGGAUGGUCAACAGAUGUUUGCUUUAUCUAGCAAACCUGUUUGCAGAGAUUAGUAAAAGCAUCUCCUGAAAACUGGAUGGUCUAAAUUCUGUUUUGCAGUUCAGCCACUGAUUCAGUCAGGCUGAUCUUGGGUAAACCACCAAACAUUCUGUGCUUCAAAUCACUGUAUGUGAAGUACUCGCUGGUAUUUUGCAUUGGGUAUCUACACAGCAAGUUUGCUGGGACAAGCCAUGACUCCCUUCUGUUCCUAUUUGUGUUGCCUAUGAGAAACCAAGUUCUGGGGGAAAAAAAAAAAAAAAAGCCCUUCAUGUCAAAGAGUUCCAAUGGAAAAAGUGAAAUUAUGAACUCUGUAAAGAAGGGGACACUGGGUGCCUCUUCCUGCCUCCAACACUGAAGUCCUGAUUUGAUCUACAGGUAAGUUUGAGUGUGCAGUCAGAUACAUGUUUGUGCUGAAUGCUAAGUGGCUUUGUGAUUGUUAUUUAAUGAAAACCACAUAUGACAAAUUGUCAGGCAAGAUACUUUGUUCUUUGCUGUAGAACACAUGAAACAGCCCUUAAAAUCUGGCAGCCUGCUGGUGCUGUUUGUCUUUUUGGAAAUAGCUAUAUUGGUAACAGUUGGCUCCCGCUAGUCUAGGUUUAGUGGUUAAUGGCUAUUGAAUUCCUUCAGCAUCAGUAAUAACAGCAGCAGACUGAGGUUGACACAGAAGACAGUGAUUUGAAAAGAGGGGAAAGUCAAAAUUAGUGAUGCAGAAGCAUGGUGGGUGCACGCACAUGGGACAACAGGCUUUCCUGAGCUUUUGUUGACAAGGGAUGCAAUUAGUUAUAGUCAAACCCGCUGCCUUGUUCAUUAUCCCUAAGGACUGCUGUUUGUUCAGCUGCUUUUCCACUUGUCUUCUCUUUUCAGUAUGAAGAACUGUCUAUAAAUCAGGCUGAGAUGUUGAGCUGGCAUGAUUUGGGUAGUCAGAGACUGAAUUCAGUUGGAAAACAGGUGAAAUUCUCCAGCUAUUAAAACAGGCUGAGCAAACGUGCAGGAUGCACUGCCCUUUGGGGACCGGUGGUGCCAUCGUGGUCAGAUAUGGCUGGAGACACUGUUGCAGAAACCUUCUCCUGGCUGUGGGGCAGACCGAGUGCUAUAGCCCUUUGUGCAAGGGGAAGGAUGACUCUGUGGAGCAGAAAAUGCAAAGUAAAGAGAUGGUUCUACUCUCUCAGGGUUUUUUCAAUCCCAUCCUCUUUUAAAAAAAAAUGCAUCUAUGACUUAGGCUUUGAUUUCUCUGGACUUUAAUAAGGGAUGCUUUGAAUUUGAGUCUCAUCUGAAAUUCUUCUGCAUUCUUUUGCUUUCAAUAUCAAAGCACCCAAUAUCGUUAUAUGUGUUGUUCCUACCAACAAAGACCUUUUUUGAAUUAACUCAGUUAGAAAAAGGUGUUUCUAGAGGACACUGUGAAUUCCUAGUGAGCAAAUAUGGAAACUCUUUGAAAUAUUGAUAUACAUAAGGGCUCACCAGAAAACCCACUGGAGCCAAAGGAAAUACUCUAAUCAAUUCUAGUAGUGAAAACCCUGUGAAAGAUGUUUUCUUUCUCCGUUUACAAACUUUAUCUGAACAAAUUUGGCUCUUGAUGCCACCCUUUUUCCUUGCAUCAAGUCUGUCCUCCUCUUGCUGUGGGUAAUAAUUGUUCUAGUUACUGUUCACAAGCAGCAAAAGAUCAUAAUUUUGAAGGACAGUCUUGUCGUCUUGUGAUGAUGAGCAGUGGGGAAACACUAGCUUGAUUUCCUACAAGCAAGUAGUGCAUCCUAAGCAAAGCACCCUCAACUGGAACUGGUUGUAUCUUUGAAAUGUGAUCAUCCACUUGAGCGGUAGUUAAAUGUACCAUAAAGGUUACAGAUCUCGCAUCUGCCUUGGUUUAGGAUUUACGUUGGCUAGGAAAAUAACAACAGGGUGAUCGUGUUGACUGUGAUGCAAGGCUCGCAAAGUAGCCCGCUGCAUUGCUCUGAGUUACCUCGCUAAUCACCACCUUGCUAAACUGACCCAAAGUCUCCUUUGCUGUACUGUACUAUAUCCAGCUGAGAUAGAUUGCCAGCUGUCAUCACCUGUGGAUGCCAUUGCACCCUUUCCCCUCAUGUGAAUCAGCUGUAACUUAAACCAGAAGUAAAAACUAUGCCAUGUGAGUUAAGGGUGGUUUUUUUUCCAAGUGGGAGGCACAGAUCCAGAAAAAAACCCUCAUCUCUAUGCUUGCCCCUCCAAAUACAGUCAUCUGGGUAAUUGGAGAAAGAUAACCCAGGUAUAGCAGAAGCUGAGGUGGCAAUGGGUGUAAUUUAGGCUGUAAAUGUUGUCAGUGAAAAAUUAGACUGGUUUUAAGAGUAUAGGCAGGGUUAACACCUCAGCUUAUCUGUCUGCAUAAACAGGAGCUGGCUGUGCUGUACUCAGAGAUUGUCUCUGUUUUGACAUUAAUAACUAGCUAUUAGCACUUCCUGGAUGUGAUCACAUUUGUUGAACGAGUUAUUCUUUUCCAGCAAGUGCAGAAAAUAAUUUUAGCUCCGGUUAGUGCUACAAUUAAACUCAAGAAGCAGAUGCCACCUUUACAUUUGCACCUUUGCUUUUUCUACGACUGCUUAUCUUGGGGUAACGUUCCCAAGGACAUGCACGCUUGUGAGUGCACCGUGGUGGUGUCCCUGCCGAGCAUCUUCGGGAGUCCAGCCCUGGUCCACAGGCACCUGAGAUGGCCAAAACCUGUGUCAGUCAUGGUUUUAGCUGUGCGUGGUGUCCUGGGGGAGAGGAGAUGUUAGAAGUACUCUUAUGCUUUCAUGGGCAGUGAGUAAGGGCUCUGGUGUGUGUGGGGGUCACGUGAAUGCAAACCUCAGAGCUUUUCAAAGCCUGAUUAGUACCUUUCAUCCAUGAAUCUGCUCCUUCCCAAUACGGCUCAUGCCUCAAGCACUGUGGAGGUCUCAGACUGGAAACAGUCCUGGUUGCAUGAACCACUGGAUCCUACUGUUGCUUCAGCUAGAAGGAGGAGCAUCCAUGGCUCAUCUUCUGUGCCACCUCGAGUUUCUUACUGUGGACAUACACCUUACUAAUUUGAUAAGCCCAUUCUCAGCCAUGUAAGCAUCCUAUAAGGAAUGCUUCCCUUCUUAUGGGACCAAUACAAGAGACUCGGAUGUUAAGAAUCGGUGGGGGUUUGGUGCAAGUUGAGUAAAUCUCCAGUGAGCAGGUGGAUGCUGUUCUCCAUCCAGGGACACUUAUGGCCGUGUGGAGGAGGAGGGUCGGACAUUCUGAGCUGUCACUUGGGUGCUGGCGUGAAUAUCUCUGAGGGUCUGGGUUGCAUCAUUGGCAUGAGCUUUAGUAAAUCUAACGGCUGCAGUGUCCCCAGCAGUCAAGGCUUUACGGAGGGGGAAGCAGAGGAGAGGGGAAUGCUGUUUUGACAUUUUAAUGGAGUGAGAAUAAAAUGUUUGGUCUAUGGCAGGGAGAGCUGCUGUGAUUUCAGUCACUGCCAUUGCCUCAACUCUUGCAGGCCGUUUGGAAGAAAGCCUUACCGCUGGCCCCCACGUGCAGUCAGCACUGAAGGGGAAAAAUGAACUUCUUAACCCAAUGUUUUGGGGGAGAAAAGGCCAUCUAAUAACAUUACGGAGGAAGCCCAGUGCUUGUUGCUAUGCUGGUUUGGAGUGACAAGUAUAUAUCUGGAUAUUAGAGAAGUAGUUUAAAAUGUGCCAUGGUUUUUAGCAUAAUAAGAUGCACUGCAGAUAUGUCACAUCCAUUUUAUUCCCCACAGCUGUUUACAAAAGGAAAAAAAAUUAAAAAACCCUGAGAUUGGAGCAGCUGCAGUCACUCAGCUGUCAAUGUGGGACAAGGCUCUUUCUGCUCCUCUUUUAUUUCCACUUCACUCUGUUCUGCUGCACAUAUUUGGCUGUUCUUUGAAUUUGCAGAUCAUGAGAUUUUUUUCAAACUGCCUUUGAUCUAUAUAGAAAGACUCACCCAGCUCUCAUUUGAAUUCAUUAAUAGUUUGAGUAGGCAUUUUAAUUUUAUGUUUACUGGUUUGUUUCCCUUUGUAACGUUAUCUAACUGACAAGUUUGUCGUGCUCUGCAUUGCCUUUAGGUUUUUGAGUCUAAAAUGUUUCCUCUUUCCUGAAAGCUAUGAUCAUUUUUAGAGAUGUUUAUAAAGGCAUCUUCAUUUCCUCAGGAGAAAACCUGAAUUACUCUCAGCUUUGAUAACUAGAAAAUCAAUAUUGAAGCACGUAAUUUUUUUUACAGCAUGAACAAAGUAUGUGUUAUAUCAUCAACUGUAGUUUGAAUUGUAGUUUAAAAACCUGCUUCAGCACUAAAAACAGCUUUUUUUUUUUUUUUUCUUCUUCUUCAACUUCCAUGCCAGGGAAGUCACAGUAUUAAAGGAAUUUCCUGGGUUGGAGUUUCUCCCAUAAAGGUCUGCUGUCUUUUCCCCAACAAUUGUGAAUUUAGCACAAUGUACAGAAUUUUAGCAAGAACCCUGAUUCCUAAUCACGUGGCCAGAAGGAUGAGGAGAGGAUGUGUUUCUUGUUGAUCAAGCACAACCAUUUCAGUGGAGAAAAUGCACUACAGCUGGUCAGACCACUGAUCUUGGGUUGCUGGGGUAGUGCUGUCUUUGGGAAGGGUAUAGGUGUUAGCAAAUUGCCAAACUGUGAAUCACUGACUGUCAGAAGCAUUUGGCUUGUCUGUUUUUUAAGUUCUUGUGGUCAAGUGUGGUACAGCGGGGUUGAGAAAGAAAUGUAUUUUGGAUGACCAGGAUGAUGAAUGUAUGAUGCUUCAUGUUUAUUUGUAAUGUCCUUUUUAUACUUAGAAAUUGCUUACAUAUGUAUCUGUAUGUAAAUAAAUGUUUAAUCCUUUCCA